UUUUUCUCCACCUCUCCAUUGCCUCCUCUUUCUUGAUUCUCUGUCUUCUUCUCCCCUUCCUUCCCUUUUCUUUUCUCUCUCUUCAUCUCUAUCCCUAGCGGUCGUUGCUCUCUCCAUAAAAGCUCCAGACCUCACAUCCUGAGACUCUCUUCUGGAUCCAUAAACACUGGUUUCUCCGGCCACGCGAUGGAUCCGGGGCCUUGUCUGCUCAUGGGCUGUUUUGCAAUAUUGGGAGGAAGAGAGAGAAAGGGAGAUUAGGGCAUAGUUGGAUUCUCCGAGAUCUUCGUGGGGGUUACAUUUUUUUUUUUCGUUUUGUUGAAAUUAGUCUGGUUUUAGACUGUCAAAAGCCGUAUAAAAAAAUUGUCAACCCUACUCGCUUUCUGGUGGGCUGGCACGUAUUAAGAGAUAGACUUUGAGACCUCUUUUUCAAAGGCAAAAACCAUAGUCAGCACUGCCUGUUUGUUACUUGUAAUAAUCCCAUUUGCUUGCUCAGAUAGCUGCAGAGAAUCUCUCAAAGCACUGCCCUUAAACCCACUAUAACAUAAGAGAAAGUCCACUUAUUGAGGCUGGUUAGGGCUUCUGGGUGUGAAAUAUGCCGGCGGGAAUUAUGAUUCCGGCGACCCAUAUGCCGUCAAUGAUGGGAAGAAAUGGGAAUGUUGCUGCUUAUGGAUCUUCCUCAGGACUCAGUCUUGGCCAGCCAAAUAUGAUGGACGGCCAGCUUCACCCACUCGACAUGACUCAAAACACAUCGGAAAGUGAAAUCGCCAGGCUCAGAGAGGAUGAUUUUGACAGCAAAUCUGGCAGUGAAAACCAUGAAGGUGCCUCCGGAGAUGACCAAGAUCCCAACCAACGCCCCAAGAAGAAGCGCUACCAUCGCCACACUCAGCAUCAGAUCCAGGAAAUGGAAGCUUUCUUCAAGGAGUGUCCACACCCAGAUGACAAGCAAAGGAAGGAGCUGAGCCGUGAAUUAGGGUUAGAGCCCUUGCAGGUCAAAUUUUGGUUCCAAAACAAGCGCACCCAGAUGAAGACCCAGCAUGAGCGCCACGAGAACACACAGCUUCGCAGCGAGAAUGAAAAGCUUCGUACAGAGAAUUUGAGGUACCGGGAAGCUCUGAGCAACGCCUCCUGUCCUAAUUGCGGAGGCCCGACUGCUAUAGGAGAGAUGUCAUUUGAUGAACAUCAUCUGAGAUUGGAGAAUGCUAGGUUGAGGGAAGAGAUUGAUCGGAUCUCGGCAAUUGCUGCAAAGUAUGUUGGCAAGCCAGUAGUGAACUAUCCUCUUAUUCCUCCUCAGGUUCCCACCCGUCCCCUUGAUCUAGGGGUUGGAAACUUUGGGGCACAGCCAGGAUUAGGAGGCGAGCUGUUUGGAGCCAGUGACCUUCUUAGGUCAAUCAAUGGACCGACUGAAGCUGACAAACCAAUGAUAAUUGAGCUUGCAGUUGCAGCUAUGGAGGAGCUAUUCCGAAUGGCUCAGAUGGGGGAACCUUUGUGGCUUCCAAGCCUUGAUGGCACAACCACCGAACUAAGCGAAGAUGAAUAUAUCAGGUCAUUCCCAAGGGGAAUUGGACCAAAACCUGCAGGAUUUAAGUGUGAAGCCUCGCGAGAAACCGCUGUUGUUAUCAUGAACCAUAUUAGCCUGGUUGAGAUUCUCAUGGAUGUGAACCAGUGGUCUACCGUGUUUUCUGGCAUUGUUUCAAGAGCUAUGACCCUGGAAGUACUAUCAACUGGAGUUGCAGGGAACUAUAACGGAGCCUUUCAAGUGAUGACAGCUGAAUUCCAAGUACCUUCACCUCUAGUUCCUACUAGAGAGAGUUACUUUGUGAGGUACUGUAAGCAGCAUGCUGAUGGAACUUGGGCAGUGGUUGACGUUUCCUUGGACAAUUUACGUCCUAGUCCGGUGGUGAGAUGUCGAAGAAGGCCAUCUGGAUGUUUAAUUCAAGAAAUGCCUAAUGGAUAUUCAAAGGUUACAUGGGUUGAGCAUGUUGAAGUGGAUGAUCGAGGUGUUCAUAAUAUAUAUAAGCAGUUAGUUAACUCUGGUCUUGCAUUUGGGGCGAAAAGAUGGGUCGCUACUUUAGACCGCCAAUGCGAGCGUCUUGCAAGUGCCAUGGCAACAAACAUUCCUACGGGUGAAGUUGGUGUGAUAACAAGUCAAGAAGGGAGAAAAAGUAUGUUGAAGCUGGCUGAAAGAAUGGUGAUAAGCUUUUGUGCUGGAGUGAGUGCCUCUACAGCCCACACAUGGACUACGCUAUCUGGAAGUGGCGCUGAUGAUGUUAGGGUUAUGACCCGGAAGAGCGUGGACGAUCCAGGCAGGCCUCCUGGGAUUGUGCUAAGUGCUGCUACUUCAUUCUGGCUUCCAGUUCCGCCAAAGAGAGUAUUUGAUUUUCUCCGUGAUGAGAAUUCUCGCAGCGAGUGGGAUAUUCUCUCAAAUGGUGGGGUUGUUCAAGAAAUGGCACAUAUAGCGAAUGGUCAAGACACAGGCAACUGUGUAUCUCUGUUACGGGUAAAUAGUGCAAAUUCAAGCCAGAGCAACAUGUUGAUAUUGCAAGAAAGCUGUACUGAUUCAACAGCCUCUUUCGUGAUUUAUGCUCCUGUCGAUGUUGUUGCCAUGAACAUGGUACUGAAUGGAGGGGAUCCAGACUAUGUUGCUCUUCUUCCCUCAGGAUUUGCAAUUCUUCCAGAUGGAACCACAACUCAUGGAGGAGUCAUAGGUGAAGUUGGGUCUGGAGGAUCUCUUCUAACCGUCGCAUUUCAGAUAUUGGUUGAUUCGGUUCCAACGGCAAAACUCUCUCUAGGGUCGGUUGCGACUGUUAACAAUCUCAUCGCUUGCACUGUCGACAGGAUUAAGGCUGCAGUCUCGUGUGAGAACGCAUGAACUGCAAAGCUUGAAAUAUUGUUAUGAACUCAAGAAGGAGAAAAGGAAAGCAGGUAAAGAAACAAAGGUGAGGAGGAUUUUCAGCUUAUAGAAGAUGGGGAGAAGUCAAGAGCGCACCUUACACCAUCCUAUUGUCCCAAGAUGGAAAAGAUAAUUACCUUAUUUCAUUAAGAAUUUGCAAGGAUUCGAGGUUCGGGUAUUGACUUCCCAAAACAAAGUACAAUGAGUUUCAUAUAAGUCACAUAGGUUUGAGCUUCCCCUCACCUUUCUAACUUUGUCAAUUAGGGUUAGGGUUAGGGUUUUAAUACUUCAUUUCUGUCCAACCUUUUUUCCUACUUAAAUCUCCUGUUGUUUGUGUGUGUGUUUUUUUUUGAAGUAGUGGGUUGAAGAGCUAACACCCACUAGCAGACAUUGGCUUCUUUUUCCCAUUUUAAUAGCUUUUGAAUUGGAUUAAUGCUUUGCUUCUAGUGUCUCA